CACAUUUGUUUGUUGAUACUCAUAUUUGUGUUCCUUCUACUGUUUUCUUGAAGUACUUUAUUGCAGUGAUCUUGCAACUGAUUGCUACUUCUCCCAACUCUCUUUCUAUCUUGCCAAUCUUCCAUCGAAAGCUUUCAGGUCAUAAUUGCAAAGGAAAAACGAUAAUACAGUAGAUAUGGCUUAUGCUAGUAUUGCUUCUCUUAUGAGAACAAUGGAAUCGGUCUUAACAUCAAAUUCACCAAUGCUAUCUCUAAUCUUUGAUCACAGAGAAGAAUUACUCGCUCUUCGUGAAAAAGUUAGUUCCUUGGAAGUAUUUCUCAAGAACUUUGAGAAAAGCAAUCUGUCUGGGGAAAUGACAGAUCUGGAAGUACAAGUAAAAGAAGUUGCAAAUGCUGUUGAAUACACAAUUGAACUGAGACUAACAGAAGCCGUAAUGACAAAUGAUGAAAAGGUGCAUGAGAGGCUAUGUGAUAGCCUAAAACAAGUAGCAGAGGAUGUUGAUCGUGUCUGGAAAGAGUCAACAAAGAUUCAAGAUAUAGGCAAACAAGCAUCAAAAGAAUCUUUGGUUGAAGAUUUUUCAAGUUCAGCAAAAGAAGUUCUGAAUGUUAAGAACAAUAUGGUUGGACGUGAUGAUCAAAGGGAAAGGUUGUUAGAAGAUCUGACUAGAGGUUUCUCCGGUGAACCUAAAGUCAUUCCGAUCGUCGGUAUGGGAGGCAUCGGUAAAACAACUUUAGCGAAAGAAGUUUACAAUGAUGCGUACAUUCAUUCUCGUUUUGAUGUUCGUGCUUGGGCUACUAUAUCUAGCCAACACAAUGUAAAGGAAAUCUUGAUAAGCCUUCUGCGUUCUACAAAGGGUGACACAUUUUACAUGGAAGGUGAAGCGGAUCUAGCAGACAUGCUACAAAAAAGUUUAAAGGGCAAGAGAUAUUUAAUUGUCAUGGAUGACAUGUGGAGCACUAAAGCAUGGGAUGACGUGAGACUAUGCUUUCCAAGUGAAAACAAUGGGAGUCGUAUACUGUUGACUACCCGUAACAAUGAAGUAGCUUGUUAUGCUGGUACUGAGAAUCUUCCUUUGCAGAUGGGUUUCAUGGAUCAAGAUGCGAGUUGGAACCUUUUUAAAAGUGCGGGCUUUACUAAUGCAUCAUUACCACCUGAAUUUGAGACUAUUGGCAAGCAAAUCAUAGACAAAUGUCACGGGUUACCACUAACUAUUGUUGUGGUUGCUGGGCUUCUGUCCAAAUCUAAAAGGACAAUAGAAGAUUGGGUAAGUGUUGCCAAAGAUGUCAAGUCAUUUGUCACAAAUGAUCCGAAUGAACAAUGUUCACGUGUGCUUGGGUUGAGUUACAAUUACUUGACCAGUGAUCUAAAAGCAUGUCUUCUGUAUUUUGGAAUUUUUCCAGAAGAUUGUGAGAUUUCAGCGAAGAAAUUGGUGAGAUUAUGGAUCGCCCACGGGUUUCUGAAGUUGGAAAAAGACUUCGAAGGGGAGGCUGAGAAGUGUUUACAAGAUCUUGUCGACAGAAAUCUUGUUCUCGUCAGCAAGAAAAGUUCUGAUGAAUCAAAUAUUAAAUCAUGUAAGGUUCAUGAUCUAUUAUAUGAGUUGUGCUUGAGAGAAGCUCAAAGCCAAAAUAUUUUUGUCAUGAAAGACUGUGAUUCUUAUAGGGCUCUUCUUACUCCUGGACAUCAUCAUUCGAUAACGAGGCGGACAUAUGAUGAAGACAACAAUCUCUUGAAACGAACUCGUUCACUUGUCUUUCUUUCUAAGCACCCUGCAAGUUUUACUCUCAAACUAGGGCUUAAUCAUUUCAAUUUACUCAGAAUCUUGGAAUUGAGCCACAUAAGGUUCAUAAACUUCCCUCCUGAGAUACUGUGCCUCAUUUGGUUGAGAUACCUUGCAAUGUCUGGGUAUUUUCACAUACCUUCAGAAAUUUGCAGGUUAUGGAAUCUGCAAACAUUCAUUGUUCAAAGUCGUGGUUCGGCAUCUAGAGAAUUUUCAGAGACAAUUUGGGAACUGAUGCAAUUAAGGCAUCUGAGCCUUGAAAAUUUUUAUUUGCCAAAUCCCCCAAGUGUAUCUGUUGGUGAAGAGAGAUACUUAAUUUUUUCAAACGUGCAAACUAUUUCUGGCUUGUCUCCAAGUAGUUGCACAAAAGAGGUUAUUUCAGGGAUUCGGAAUGCUAAAAAACUAGAAAUCAAUGGAGAUUCACGCGACUAUUUAAGUUUCCAAGAAUCAAGACUUUUCGACAAUCUUGUCCAUCUACAUCAACUUGAAACAUUGAAUGUUGUUGUUGCUGGGGUAUCAGGCUCUGCACUAGUGACCAUUCCAUGUGCAAAAGCUUUUCCAGCAACACUAACGAAGUUAAAGUUGUCCCGAACUUGUCUAAGGUGGGAGGACUUGAACAUCAUAGGUGAGUUGCCCAACCUUGAGGUGCUGAAUCUGCAGUGGAAUGCUUGUCAGGGCCGAGACUGGCAUCCAAUUGCAGGUGGAUUUACUCGAUUGAAGCUUUUGCUAAUUUGCGAUUGUUAUCUCAAGUACUGGAGAGCCACGAAUGACAAUUUUCCUGUCCUUGAGUGCCUUCUGAUUAGAUAUUGCAGAUAUUUGAAUGAGAUACCCAUUGAGUUUGCAGAUAUUUACUCACUAAAACUAAUUGAGUUAAGUUUUUGUACACCCAAACUCGAGGCUUGUGCUGCACGAAUUCAACAAGAACAAGAGGAUCUCGGUAGCAAACCCGUUGAUGUUCUUAUCCGAGGUUCACAUCGAGAUGAUGCAUGAUGAUGAUGAUGUCGUUCAUGAUGAUGAUGACGAAAAGUAGUAUAUUUUUGGAGGAUCCGACAUGGGUAUGGCAGCAUUUUGGAGAGUCCGGGUAGCAUAGUGAAGACUAAUAAUUUACCUGAUCUUAUUUAAUUUAUGCCUGCCUUUUUUGAAAUCUGCAUAUGACGUUCUCUGUAAUACCAUUAACCUCUUGCAACUUGCAGCUCUCAAAGAUGGUUCUUUCUUUGAUUUCGAUGCGGAUGAACGAGUACUUAUAGUGGAGGACUCAAAGUUAGAGAUCUUGAGAAUAUUAAAGGUACCUGCGCUUUCCUAUUCGAAAGACACAGAGGAUAUUUUUAAAAGGUUUCCCAAUCUUCAACAGCUUGUAUUUGUUCUCAAGGAAUCAUGGGAUUGUUCAAAAAAGCAAUAUUGGUUCCCGAAAUUGUAUUACCUAACUGAACUAGAAUCCCUGGGUGUAGUUUUUGAAAGUUCAAAUUCAAAUGACAAUGGGUCCACUGUAGCAACAAAUCCGCUGUGGGAUUUUUCACUUCCCUUCCAAUUUGAAAGAAUUGUGGUUGUGUGACUUUCCUCUGACAUCCUAUUGACUAUCAACAAUAGCUUGGCUGCCCAACCUUGAAGAGCUGUACCUUGAGUACAAUGUUUGGGUGAACUUGUCUACGUGGCAGAAGUGCAAAAGAAAGGAACAAUUGAACUAUUGCAAUAUGCUGACAGUUGGAAAUUGAAGAAGUGGAAAGAUUGCAUGAUUUUGAGACAAUUAAUGCUUGUGUAUGUGGCAAAGGAGUGAGUAAUACAAUUGAAGUUUACAACAAAGAAA